UUUUUCUAGUGUUCAAGAGAAGACAUUGCUGAAAAAGUGGGACGUAAAAUUGAAGAGACAAAAGCCGUGCACAUUGCUAAUCCGAAAACAGCUGAAUUUCAGGUUGGUCGGACGAGCCUGCUGCCUGGUAUUCUAAAGACGGUGCACUACAACCGGAACAUGCCGCUCCCUCUCAAACUGUUCGAGGUGUCCGACGUCAUGUACCAGGAUCCCAGCAAAGAUGUUGGAGUUCGGAAUGAGCGUCGUCUGUGUGCAGUGAACUACAACACGUCGUCAGGGUUCGAGAUCAUCCAUGGCCUGCUCGACCGUGUCAUGCAGCAACUCGAGGUUCAACACAGUCACGAACCCGAGUCUGGAUACCAUCUGGAGGCUUGUGAUGGUAAACAGGAUUAAAAUUGAAUAUAUUUU